AUGCGUCAUCUUAACAGCCCCUUUCUUCUCGCAUCAAUUGCGCUUUUGUUUUCUUCCAUUGCUGUAGUAUGCCAUGGGUUGAGCAGGAACUACGCCUACCCAGCAACCAAAGACUCCACAAUCCUGCGCUCCACCGUCAGCUGCCCCAGCUGCCCAGAAAACAACUGCUACAAAUGCACCCUGGGCAACGCCACGACUUUAGUGGCAAAUACUGGCGGCCUAGCCUACUCCCGCGCGCUCAUUGGCUUUCAAAUGUCCGUCCCUGGAUCAUCCAUAACUAGCUGCUCAAUCCAAAUUCCGGCUUUUGUCGCUCCCCUCCAGGCUCCAAUUACAGUUGUUAUUGGUAGGGCGGAGUCGUCCUGGUGGAGUGAGGAUCGUGUGACGGGGGAGAAUGCGCCAGAGGAGCUGGAGGAAGUUGCCAGUGUGGAUGUACCGGCUUUUAAUAAUCUGGGUCCUACGGAUAUUACAAAGGCAUGCCAGAAGGCUGUUAAUGGCAGCUUUUCGGUUUACUUUAGUGCUAGAUUUGGCCAUUUCGAGUUUUGGUCUAAAAACUCUGGAAACCCCGCUAUUCUUCACGUCACCACUUACUAA